AUGGCUUCUACGGCCGUAGAGGCGAAGCCGGGAGCCGCAUGCGAACUCUGCGGCGGCGGCGCCGCCGUCCACUGCGAGGCGGACGCGGCGUCCCUGUGCUGGGCAUGCGACGCCAGCGUCCACGGCGCCAACUUCCUCGUCGCUCGCCACCUCCGCCGGAUCGUUUGCGCCUGUUGCCAGUCCCUGGACGACGACCGGGUCAUCUCUGGCGCCUCGUCCCCCUCGGUCCGUUCGAUCUGCCGCUCCUGCGGCCCCGACGCACCCGAGCUGUCCUCCUCCGCGUCGUCGCCGCUGGAGUCCUGCGUCUCCACCGCCGACUCCAAGGCGGGGCCGGAGGAGGAGAUGGAAGGGGCCGCCACCUCGAAGGUCGAAGGCCGCGGGGGGCGGGGGUGGGCGCGAAGGCGAAGGUCGCGUCCGUAA